CACCCUCACCCACAAAAUUAUGUUGGUCUUUGUUUCGCGCACAGGUUUACAAAAAUCAUUUAUAUCCCCAGACUUUUUCUAGACUUUUUUCAGAACAUUUAUCAUACGAUAGUAACUACGAUAAGAGCAAGUUCCCAUUGGUAUAGUUCAGAUCACAUAUAUUUGGCUGCUUCGUUCUUUAUUCAAAAGUCAUUUAUAUCAUCCUAUUUAUAUUAUUUAUUAGAUAUAGAACCUUAUAGAUCAAACUUUCUAGUACUCACUUAGAAAUCAUUCCAUAUCACAUUCACUACUUCACCUACCAAAAUAACUGUUAAUCAUAAAAUGGACGAAGUCGAUAACGUACUAGUUGAAAACGUCAAAUCCUUCGGUGCCGGAGGUUUCGGGGGUAUUUGUGCUGUGUUAACUGGGCAUCCUUUUGAUUUAGUCAAAGUUAGAUUACAAACUGGUUUAUAUCAAUCAUCGAUUGAAUGUGUUAAACAAACCAUUAUUAAAGAUGGUCCCUUGGGGCUUUAUAGAGGGGUCUUGCCUCCUUUAUUAGGGGUUACUCCUAUGUUUGCUGUAUCCUUCUGGGGUUAUGAUGUGGGUAAGCGUUUGGUUGGAUCUUAUACUGGAAAGACUAGUGAUCAAUUCACUAUUGCUCAUAUUUCAACUGCUGGGUUCAUUAGUGCUAUUCCAACCACUUUAGUGGCUGCUCCAUUUGAAAGAAUCAAAGUUAUGAUGCAAAUUCAAGAAGGUAAGAAUAAUUCAAUGGGUGCUGUGGUUAAAGAAAUGUAUAGAACUGGAGGGUUAAGAUCAAUCUUUAAAGGUUCAGCUGCAACUUUAGCUAGAGAUGGUCCUGGUUCAGCAUUAUAUUUCGCUACUUAUGAAUAUGUCAAAGAAAAAUUAUCAGUUCCAGGUAGUAAUGAAUUAUCUUUAGUUGCUAUUAUGACUGCUGGUGGUCUUGCUGGUGUUUCUAUGUGGUUAGGUGUUUUCCCAAUUGAUACUAUUAAAUCAACUCAACAAUCUUCCAAUGUUAGUGUUUCAAUCGUACAAACUACUAAGAACAUUUAUGCUAAAGGUGGUGUUAAAGCUUUCUUCCCUGGGGUUGGUCCAGCUUUAGCAAGAUCAUUCCCUGCUAAUGCUGCUACUUUCUUAGGAGUUGAAUUGGCUAGAAAUUUCUUUGAUAAAUUAGCAUAAAUAAAAGUGAUUUUAUCCUAUCAUUUAGUUCUAUAUAUAUUGCAUUUUUUUCUCUUAUCUGUUCAUUGCUUAUUGUUUACUAGUUUUAUUUAUUUAUUAAAAAAGUGUUAUCUGUUUUAAUCAUAUCAUUUGU